AUGAUGUUUACAAGACAAACUGCCAGAAAAUCAACUGGUGGAAAGGCACCUCGCAAACAAGUUGGUUCAAAAUCAGCUUUAGGAUUAAAUUCUUCUAAUGCGAGAAAAUAUCAAAUUAAUAUUAGCGAGUUGAAGGCUAAACAUCAACAGCAACUUUCUGAUCAGAAUAAUUAUAAUUUGAAUGAUGACGCUGAUUUGAAGAAAUUUAUUGAUGAUCAAUAUGAAAAUUGUGAUGAUUUGGUUAAAAAGUGGAUUCACGAUGAUUUGGUCAAUCAAAAAGAGGAGAUUCAACAAUCGGAUAGUGAUGUAGAGCUUGAUACAAGAUUGUUGAAAGAAUUGGAUGAAAAUACCAAGUUUGAAAUUUUGCAAUUCAUUCCAACAUUUUCACCAAAUGUUGCCAAUCAGUCCUUGACUGAAGAAAGAAAUAUUGAAAUGAAUCUCGAUACUGAAUUGAUUAGAUUUCACAAAAUGAGAUUAAUUAACAAGAGUUUCAACAAGAUUAUGAUGAAGAAAAUUCUCACUCUCAAACAUAUUACCUUGAAAACUGCUACCAACACUUUAAAUUAUAUUAGUUUGCUCUCUAUUGCUCAGAAGGCAUACAAACAAGCAAUGAUGAUGAACUCGAACCAUGAUCUAAAUAUUGAUAAUGUUUUAUUAUAUAACCCUUAUUCAUCAGUAGAAAUAGUUGACAACAACCAAAGUUUUGGUUUCAAUAACUUUGGUGGUUUUUCAACAGGUCUCAAUAGCUUUGGUGGUUUCUCAACAGGAUUUGGUACUUUCGGUACUACAGCAAGCAGUAUACUUCAAAACACCAAUGAAAUCCCAUCCGAUUCGAGAGAACUAAUUUCUGAAGAUUCUGAGGAUGAGCUUAUUGCAAAAUUGUAUUUAAAGAGAGAGGACAAGAAAAAUCCCCAAAAAGUAGAUAUUGAUUACAUGCGUGAAGAGGUUUAUUUAUACACACAUGCAUCACAUACCACUUCUCAAAAUCAAAGUAGUUCAUAUCCACCUGUUAUUAUGACAGUCAAUGAAACUAUUGAAACUUUAACUUUGGUAAUGGAAGAUCAAUAUCUAGCCAAAGAUAUUGUAGGGUUUUUUUCUAAAUUGAAAAGACUUAAUAUUUUCAUGAAUAAUGCAACUUUUUAUUACGGAGAAGUAUUCAACUUGGCUUCAGAAUCUCUAGAGGAAGUUUUAGUUUGUGGUGCUGGUUUGUUAGAACUUCUUAUCAACCAACCAUAUUUGCUAAGCUCUUUUUCUGGGGCUUCUUGUCCAAAGAUGACAUCAGUUACAUUUUCUCCUCUACUUCCAAAUAUUUAUGCACCAGAAAAUAUUCUUGAUACCUACUUUUCUCAACUACAAGUCACUAAUCCAACCAUCCACAAGCUUAAUAUUUAUGAUAAGAUUGGUAGAAAUGAAUCCGCAUUUAUCAAAUCUGAAGUAUUUACCACUACCAAUCCUGUUCAAAGAGAGCUAAAUGUUUACUGUGUUCAAUACAAGUCACUUGUAAACAUUGAUAUCUUGGAGGAACUCUAUGAUAUAUUUGGAGACCGUUUCGUGAAAACCGUAAUGCCAUUCAUGAUACUCGGAUAUAAUUGCCCUGUAACAUUGGAACAUGACCAAUCACUUUGGAAAUCUCAUUUUGUGGAACACAUGAAAAAGUUCAAAGAUACUGCAAAUUACUUGUUCAAGAAGAGGAAAUUUCCUGUUUCAAACGUGUUGCUUUCAUUUGACAUUAUGACAAAUAAUGUUUUAGAACAGAACAUCAAGGACAGCAAAUUACAAUACCUCAUAUACCUAUGUAACCAGUAUCAAAAUUCUAAACUUUUAAGCUAUCUACCUGAAAACAAACAAACUCUAUCAACAAUUAUUGCCUCAAUUUAUAGAGGAUGGAAUUUCACAAAAUAUACAAAUGAUCUCUUGGAAUUCUUUGUUAGAGCCUUUUUUCACAGAGGAGUUUCUGCCAUGUUACAUAACUUUAAGUAUGAUGAAAAAUUUAUUGUAUCUCAAAUUGAGUAUUUGGCUACUAGUUACACGAUUAGUUCUACGAUUAGUUCUAGGGCCGUUAUUACUGAGAUAAUUAUCCACCUCUUCAGAAAUAACUCAAAGGUUCUCUACUCUCUUCUUGCAAAACAGGUGGAAGUUUCUGAUAAUAACACUACAUUUACAAUUCCAUUUAUUGCCUUCCUCUUCGGAAAGGCAGAUUGCUAUUUAAUUGCUAAACUAUUUAAUGAAAUGGACAUGGAAACAUUCAAUUCUUUAGGUCAAAACAAUAGAGGCGACAACAUUCUCCACAUUUAUGUUUACUUUCAACAAGAAUUUAAUUACCUCAUCUUUUAUUCCAUACUAAACAAGAAUCCAAACUUGAUUAACAUGGUCAAUCACAAAUUGCAAACUCCGCUUCAUUACUUGAUGACACUAAAUGACAAGAGAUCACCUCUUUUACUUCCAGAAAUCAAUCAACUUCUUAAACGUAAUAAUAUUUUGUUAGAUAUGAAUGUUACCGAUUAUAUGGAACAAACUCCUAUGAGUAUUCUUAAAUCAGAAGAAUAUGAACAUGAAGAUAUCAUGUUUGAAUAA